GGGAAGAUAACCAAAAAUCAGAUCCUGCCUUCCCACUAUAUCAAUAAACAAAACUACACGGUGACUAUCAACUUUCCAUUUCUGAUCUCAUGGCGCAACAAAUGAAACUUCACCAAGUUUGUUCGGUGGCGCCGCCGCCACAAGAAACCAGUACUCCAUCCUCUCUUCCCCUCACAUUCUUCGACAUUCCAUGGCUAAGAAUCCCUCCCGUGGUGCGUCUUUUCUUCUACGAGUACCCCAACUCAACAUCUUCCUUCUUUGACUCUGUUCUUCCAAAACUCAAACACUCCCUUUCACUCACUCUCCAACACUUCCUCCCUCUCGCUGGUAACAUCAUCUGGCCGCAUGAUUCCUCCAAACCAAUCAUAAACUAUGUCCCUGGUGAUGCUGUUUCCUUCAUUGUAGCUGAAUCCAAUGCUGAUUUCAACCAUGUAUCCUCCAACUUCUGUGAAGGUGAACAACGCCACCCCCUCAUAUCUCGCCUCAACACGUCCCAUGAAAAAGCCUCUGUUAUGGCAUUCCAAGUCACUCUCUUCCCAAACUCUGGAUUUUCCAUUGGGAUAACCACACACCAUGCAGUCCUUGAUGGCAAAUCCUCCAUGCUGUUCAUCAAAGCAUGGGCCUAUGCUUGCUCUAACCUCAAAGAUCAGCAGCACUCUUCAUCAGUUUCACUCCCUGAGAAUCUAACACCUUUCUUUGAUAGGUCAGUGAUCAAAGACCCUUCAGGGAUGGGCGAGGUUUACGUGAAGGGGUUGUUGAAUCACGGUGGAGAAACCAACAAUCGAAGCUUAAAGGUGAUGGAUGUGAUUGGUGGUGGUGCAGCACGGGAGGAUGCGGUGAAAGGCUUGUUUGAGUUCACCCCUUCACAUAUCCAAAAGCUUAAGCAACAUGCAGAGUUCAAGACUGAAAAUAACAAGGUUCACUUGUCAUCAUUUUUGGUAGUGUGUGCUCAUUUGCUGGCAUGUGCAGUCAAGGCAGAACAACCUAAAUCUAAUAGAGUAGCUUGUGUGAUUGGAAUAGAUUGUAGACACCGUUUAGAGCCUCCAAUUAAGCCAACAUAUGUUGGUAACUGCAUUGUUCCUCACAUCGUUGAGGCUGAGACAGGGGAAGUGUUGGGUGAUGAUGGGUUCAUCAAUGCUCUUUUGAGGAUAAGUGAUGCGUUGAGUAGUUUAGAGGGUGGGGUUGUGAAUGUAGCAGAGAACUGGAUCUCAAAGUUUCAAUCUGCGAUGCGUUAUAAGCUGUUUUCCAUUACAGGAUCACCUCGGUUUGAUGUUUAUGGUGUUGACUUUGGAUGGGGGAGGCCUAAGAAGGUAGAUAUGCCUUCUGCCGACAGAGCUGGAUCGUUCUCUCUCUCGGCAAGUAGGGAUCAUGAUGGAGGGGUUGAGAUUGGUUUCGCCUUGAACAAGACUCAAAUGGAGGCUUUUGCUCAAGGACUGAAAUCCUUGGAUUGAUCAAACUUCACGGUUAUGAAGAAAAAAGAAUUAGAUUAAUGUACGUUAAUUAUAUUUCAAGCAUUUCAUGUUCGAUUGAAUUUCACGUUAAUGAUGCAAAAUGUAUGUUGGGUAAACACUCAUUCAAUGUAGACGAAAUAAGUGAGAAAGGAAGAGAAGAGGAUGAUGAAGUAGUGAAUGAGUUGUAUGUGAAGUGUAUGUUUUAUGAUCUUUCCACCUCAAAGAGAGGUGUGAAAACAAUAUUAUUCAUAUUUUUCGUCUCAAUGUUUGUUUGCCUGAAUCUUCAAUAAAGAUUGUUAUACACUUUAGGUUC